GUCCGCUCCACUCGCUACGGCGCUGCGAUGGAGACUCAUCCCAUUAUGUUCCUCCACAACAUCUGAUCCGACUUAGCCACUCAGGAGCUAUACGAAUAUCAAGGACUUUUGCUCAACACUCGAGGUGUAGCUAACAGCGAUCCAUCUUCUAUAAAUGGCUUCAUGGCCGCCCGCAAAAACUGUCGAAGGAUUAUUCCCACAUUACACUUUGUCUGGUAUUGUAAGAUCACAUCAUCAUGAUCAUGUACACGCAAAUCGACUCCAACGACUCGAAGUUCCGGUCGGAUGCUUCUGGCGUUGGACCUAAGCAAACUUCGACCUCUUCUGUCUCGCCCAUCCCGACCCUGAAGUUGAACGACGGAAAUGAGAUGCCUAUGGUUGCCUAUGGCCUAGGCAUGUCCUUCAGCGAGGCCGACACCGAACACAUUGUGACCUCCGCACUCAGGGGAAUCCGGGGUGGUUUCAACCACUUAGAUGCCGCAGAAGCGUACGGCAAUGAGAAGGGACUCGGAAUAGCCAUCAGAAAUUCCGGAGUACCGCGUUCGCAGCUCUACAUCACUACCAAGGUGUGGACCGUAGCCACGACCGUAAAAGCCGCCUUCGAUGCUUCGCUUGAGCGACUUGGCGUCGACUAUGUGGACAUGUAUCUAGUGGGCUGGCCCCAAAUUGCGGAUACCCCAGAUCGCCUGCAGCAGAUCUGGGCCGAAGUCGAAGCCAUCAAGCAGAGCGGCAAGGCCAAGUCCAUCGGCGUUUCCAACUUCCUGCAAGAUCACUUGCAGACGAUCCUGAAGACGGCCAAGAUCAAGCCUGCCGUCAACCAGAUCGAGUACCACCCGUACCUGCAGCACGGAAACCUCAUCGACUUCCACCGCCAGAACAGCAUCGCGACCGCGGCGUACUCGCCACUUACCGCCCUCACAAAGGCGCGACCUGGUCCCGUUGACGGAAUCUACGCUUCGCUUGCCAGGAAGUACGGCGUCUCAGAGGCGGAAAUCGCGCUUCGAUGGGCCAUCGACCAGGGUAUUGCUGUCGUCACGACCAGCGCCAGUGAGGAGCGCCUGUACAGCUUAAGAAGAAAGCUGCCCUCAUUCCAGCUCACGGCCAGUGAGGUCGCGGAGAUUACUGAACUUGGAAGGAGGAAACACUUCCGAGGAUUUUUCAACGAUAUUUUUGCCCCGGAGGAUAGGCGUUAAGUCUUUGGGUAUUUUGGGUCUCGGUUCUCGGGGGGGUUUUUUUCUUCUCUUCUUUCUUUGGUUUCCAUAUGAUAAAAGUGCCACCAAUGGUAUCAAUGGCACGACAGAAGGCGUCUAGUAUUUCGAGGUUGGGAUAGGGGGUUUUCAAUAUGACCGCGUAACGUCGUUCGAUCUCGACAGGGACAUUAGCUUAGCCA